AUGGAGCCAAAAUGGGAAGGCAAGGUGUCUACAAAACUGACAAAAGCCAGAGUAGACCAGAUAUGGCCUCUUUUCUUAGACUUCUUCAACUUACAUAAAUGGUUUCCAAGUCUAGCCACCUGCUAUGGCGUCCAUGGAAUCAACGGUCAGACUGGUUGCAUCCGAUACUGUUCUGGCUGUUCAAUUUCACCUAGUGCCAGCAAUGAAAACAACCCUCAAGCUAGCUGGUCCACAGAGAGAUUAAUAAGCGUUGAUCAUGUUCAACGCUGUUUGAGCUACGAAAUAGUUGACAACAACAUUGGGUUCAAGUCAUAUGUUUCAACGGUCAAGAUUGUUCCAGAAGACAAUGAAGGUGAAAAUCAAAGUGGGUGUGUGAUUGAGUGGGGAUUCACAGUUGAUCCAGUGGAAGGAUGGGCAUUGGAUGAUUUAGUGAAGAAGUAUGAUAUGGGCCUACAGCGCACGGCUAAGAGAAUGGAGGAUGCAUGCAAUUCAAGUUUAGAUAAGUAA